AUGUCGUCGGCUCAAGUUAAUCCACUCGAACAAAAUCUCGCAAACACGGUACAAGUUAACGAUCGAGCAUUAAAUGGCUUUAUCAAAGCACCAUCACUACCUGUUCGUCUGAUUUGUGAAGCAAUUGGUACAUGUUGCUUUGUCUUUUUCGGCGCUGGUUGUGCAACGAAAUCAGGAUCUGGUCUACUAGCAAUAUCAACAGCCCAUGGUAUUGUCACUGUCUGGCUUGUGUACGUGUUUGGGUCGAUUUCCGGUGCACACUUCAAUGCUGCAGCUACCAUUGCUUUUACAAUCAAUCGUCAAAUGAAAAUAGUUGAUGCCUUGCUAUAUAUUAUUGCUCAGGCAUUGGGUGCCCUGCUUGCUGGAGCUCUGUUACUAUUACUAUACUAUGGUAAUGAUACCAACCUAGGCACACCAGAAUUGGCAUUGCUACCCUAUCCAGUUACGGUUUUGCAAGGCUUUUGCUUAGAAUUUAUCUGUACAGUCAUUCUCUCGUUUGUCAUUUUCUUUACAACAUCGUACAACACGCACAAGGAAGCAGCCCUUCCAGUUGGACUGGUUGUGUUCUCGUCAUUUUUGCUUGCUUCGGAUCGAGAUGGAGCAGCUCUGAAUCCGUGGAGAUGGCUAGGACCAGCAGUUGCUUCAAAUACGUAUAGCAGCUAUGCAUGGAUCUAUAUCGUUGGGCCUAUUAGCGGGUUCAUUGUUGGAUUAAUAUUUUUUCGAAUAUAUAAACUCAUUUGGAAUUUAUAA